CCGCCUCUCCGCGUUUCUUCCUGGGUGACGGCUACGGAGCGGAGUCCGGCGUCUGCAGGCUGCUGGGCAGGGGUAUGUGCUCCGAUUCCAAAUGAAAAUGUUUGAGAGCAUCGACAUUUCAGCCACCAGAUCUGGCAGGGAGCUCUGGGCGGAAAUCUGCUCCUGUCUGCCAAAUGCAGACCAAGAUGAUGGGCUCAACAAUGCCUUCUCAGACUCCUUUGUGAACUCUUACCCAGGAGGUGAAGGCCAGAGGGAGGCGGCUGACUUGCCCGUGCAGCCAGCUCUGAAGCCCUGGGCCCCCUUGCAGGAUUCGGAAGCGUACUUGGCAUCCCUAGAGAAGAAACUGAGGAGAAUCAAAGGUUUAAACCAGGAAGUGACUUCGAAGGACAUGCUUCGAACCCUGGCCCAAGCCAAGAAGGAGUGCUGGGAUCGCUUCCUCCAGGAGAAGUUGGCAUCCGAGUUCUUUGUGGAUGGAUUGGAUUCCGAGGAGAGCACCCUGGAACAUUUCAAGAGGUGGCUGCAGCCAGAUAAAGUAGCCAUCAGCACGGAGGAGGUCCAGUGUCUCAUACCUCCUGAAUCACAGGUGGAGAAGCCAGCUGCCGAGGACGAGCCAGAACCCGGGGACAAGUCAGUGGCAGCAGAACAAUAAAUCACAUUCACUCAUUCACUCACACACACACACACACACACACACGCCACUACCGCCAGUGACCCCUGAGUAGCUGUUUCAGGCUGGAGGGGACUGUGGAACUCAGAGGCAGCAGCCAGGUAGAGGGAGAGAGAAAGCCCAGGCUGCCCCUCGUAAAGCCAGCAGCUGCAAGCCCCUUGUGUUUGCUUGGAGCUGCCGGUGUGACUGUCCUGGAUGAAGUGACUGACCCACAGUGUGCUGGUGCAGAAGGCUGCCUUCCUCUGUCUUCCAGCUUGACAGAGCCCUGUGGCUACAGCUUUCAAGUCUGGAAAGGCACUCAUGAAGGACGAAG